AUGUCUUCUACCAACGCACCGCGAAUCUCUCCUGCUCUCCACGGAGCCGCGCUUGCUGUCUUCGACUCCUUAUAUCAAAACAUUGACGAGCUUGAGGUGAUGACCAUGCACCUUCACGGUGUACCUGGCGCCGAGGCGUACUUCAAACAGGCCCAGCAGCAUAUUCAAUCGUUCCGUCUUAUACGAAACAACCUCAAGAGUACUGUCGCAUCCAUCACCGACGCCGACGUCAAACAUGCUCAGGAAAUGCGGUUCGGUUAUGCCCAGUUUCUGAGCCAUAUCUCUUGCUACACUGGCGAUGACACUCAAGCCCUGGCAUCGCUCGAGAACAUCAUCUGGAAGUUCGACGAAGACUUUCACCUAAAACAACGUCAACGACUUGCAACAAUCCGCGAUCAGCUCGAUAGCUUCAUUCUCUUGCUGAACAAGAUGGCCGCUUUGAAACACGCGUUGGAGGAACAGGGGCUGAUCUGA